AGAAGCCCGUAAAUCCAGGGGUGAGCGACAGGGACUUAACAGAGCAGCAUUUAGGAGUCAAUUUUGUUACUAUUCACACUACGACAUUAACUACGACAUGUCAUCUUCAAUUUGGCCGCAAUGCCAGAGGUAGCUUCUGAACUUCGUUGUAAAGUUCGUGUAGUGCUGGCGGAGAACGAUAGAGUAUUUUCGAGCAAAGCUCUCCUAGGCCUGAAGAAGACGGAUAGCUUCAUGAAGGAGAUGUUGCGAUACCAUCCUUUUGCUUUUGGUCCUCAAACACUUCAAGCUGUCCACGGGACAAAUCAUCCCGGCUGGCAUGGCCAUCGAAUGUCCCACCUACGCUAUCAAAUACGACAGCGACCGGUUUCCCGAAGCCGAAAAUUUUCGCUUCCACCGGCUAUGCAAGAAGGCCAUGUCGGAAAGCGCCGAUGUCUCCACCCAGAACCAGUUUGUCAAUGUGAACCAGAACAGCUCGGCCAUCGGGUACGGACACCACGCGUGUCCUGGCAGGUUCUUUGCCGGAAAUGAGAUCAAGAUAAUCGUCGUGAACAAGCUGCUGAGAUGCGAGCCCAAGUUGGUGGAAGGGUUGGCAGCAGGUAUGGCGACACGGAAUUUGCGCAGUUGGUGAAUGCUUUUUUUCCUUCCUGGUUGUUUCAGCUUGGAAAACCUGAUGCAUUUGAACAAAUUGCUAAUUCAAUCCCCGAAAAGUCCAUGCCUGAUCCAACAAAGUCGAAUUUUUUCAAGAAGAUCUCAGAAUAUAUAGGAAAGUUUCAUUACUGCCUAAAAGAUUAAGGGGUUUAACCAGGUCCUUCGUCUCUUAUUGGGCAGUUGGCCAGUGGAAAUACCCAGUGAUGAAUUUGCUGAAGGACAACAGAGCACGUUGAUUACUUUAUAUAUGAACAUGUGCUAUCAUGGUGUACUUAAUGUGAUGUAGUUUCCAGCAAGCUAUAGUAUGGGAUUACGUUGACUCACGAGGAUUUGCCCAGGCAAUUCAUACGGCUGAUGGCUAAUGAUGCUACGUGC